AUCGUCAGUCAGUUUGACACAUUCAUAGACUCGGCUGUGUAAUUUUGUGUCUGUGCCUAUUCUAUUCCCAAAGAGUAUCGCGCCCAUGAGAGAACCCCAAAAAACAACCAUUUGCAGUUCUGCUUAGCAUCACUGUGGUGUAGGUUGGUGGCCGUCAAUGGCAUUGUUGUAUUGUGAUUUGUAAAGUAUCGAAUUCGUAGGAUACUACGAACUAUUAGGGCACAACAUUGUCGUAUUAUGUGUCCACAACGACGGAUGCUCCCAUAUAAUAUUAUGUCGCGACGACGAUCCCAGGAGGCUGAGAGACCGCAAGGGCAGCUGGCGCCGAGCAGCCAACGUUCACGUCGACGAGAAGCCCUCAGGGACAACGACUCGGAGAUGGAUGAUGAAGCCUACCAAGGCACAGAUGGAAGCUUAUUAUUAUAUUCAUCCGUUCAGGCAUACGCCGCCGUCCAACAAUCUACUGCAGUGCGUCAAUUGACAUGCGAAAUUUCAGAGAGAAAUUCACUGCUAAUUCGGCAAGAAGAGCCGACCAUAGGAUAUCAUGGCAUGCGGUGUAUGUUUCAAGUGAUAACGGUAGAAUCACCGCAAUGUAGUGCAAUGUCUACCACAAGCUUUAUGGAAUCACAGAGAAGACUUUCUUUAAUGUAUGAGAGAGAGGAUAGGUCGUCUACUCCAGAGCUCCGCAUGGAGGAAGAUAGUGACCAGCCUGAUGAUGAUGAUGAUGAUGAUAAUCAAUCUCAAGGAAGCACGGAAAGUGAAGAAAUUAUUGUAAUGCCAUCUCUUAACACGACUAUGAGCAUUAUUACGCGAGACCUGAACACUCCAGAUUUGGAAGAUGAAUUUGUGCAGGUCCAGGCGAUUCGCAACGGUUGCAAGGAGAAUAGCCAUGUUCCAAACAACAACCCGGCACCAAAACCAACAAUAGCUAGGCGGCGUCUGCGGCCAGAGUUCAAGAUGCCGGCUCCCACUGCGAGCGCCAUACAAGUCGCUAAUAGAGUGAUCAAGUAUGCUCGUUGCAUACAAAACAAAUACGAGAAUGAAAUGUGCUGUCCCACUUGCGGUCUAUUUCCCAUUUGGCCCGUUACGGGACCAUGCGGACAUACACGAUGCAUAACGUGUACAGAGUUUAUGCAAACGUGCCCGUGCGGGGAGGCGUGCCCAGAAACUUUACACAUAAAUAUUUUGAUACGUGACAUACAAAAGACCAACAACAGUUCCAGUGUGGAGGAGGCACCGCCCUGCGAUAUCCUCAAAGAGGAUGAAAAUAUGGAAGAUACUCCGCGUAUAUCAAAUCCCAAUGUAAGCCUGCCGAGUGCCCUCAUUCAAAACUUCUACUUAAGCCGGCACUCUAAAGUUAUCAACUUAAAACAAAAGCGGCGACUCCCGAUGUCUUCUCUGGCGCGCUACAACCAAGCUCUGGAGCUACUGAUGGCUGGUAAAUACAAGGCUGCGGCUCCGCAUAUCGCUCUCGCGGCCGCAUCUCACGCGCCGGACACGCGCGGGGCUCGCGUCUUGCUAGCUCAGUGCAUAACUAUCAUGAGUAGAAAUCGUGAUCCGAGGAUUUUGACGAGGCAGCUGAACCACCUGGUCCGUGACCUGUCCUCGACGUCGUGGGUCCGGCCGAGCGACAUGGAGUGCAUCCUGUGCUGCGACACCUUCACCAACCCGGUGACCACGCCCUGCGGACACAUGUUCUGCAGGAUCUGUCUCGAGCGGACCAUGGACUACAAAAAACGUUGCCCUCUGUGUCUCAGAUCAUUGGAACUCUUCAAACUGUCUGACACUCGUGACACUGCCCUAGUGCAAGCUGCUUUAAAGAGUAUCAACGUGGUGAAUGUACCGACUCCGCUGGAACCCGACCUCAUUCCCAUAUUUGUUUGCACUGUCGCAUAUCCGUCGGUCCCUUGCCCUCUCUUCAUUUUCGAUCCUCGCUACUGGCUGAUGAUCCGCCGCGUGCUGGAGUCAGGCUCCCGUAGAUUCGGCAUGGUGGCCUGCGACAGAGGCAAGAGCUACGUCGAUUACGGCACGAUAUUAGAAGUACGCGACUGCGUACAUUUGGAGGAUGGCAGGUCCAUUCUAUCCACUAUAGGGUUAUCGCGCUUUAAAGUCAUAGAGCGAGGCGUUAGAGACGGAUGUGAGGUUGCUAGAAUUCUAAGAAUCGCUGAUGUACCAGUUCACGAUUUGGCCCAAAUGCAACUGCGAGUGUUAGCCAACCGAAUCAUGCUGAAGGCGCUCCUUUGGAUAAAAACACUAAACGCACAGGUGAAGGAAGAUAUAGAAGCCGCCUUCGGCUCGCUGCCGCCGUUUUACGAGACCAUCGAAAACACUGCCGACGGCCCCGCCUGGUUGUGGUGGCUGGUCGCCGUUCUGCCACUUAGGUCGGAAAUUAAGGUUCUAAUCCUUUCUACGACGUGUCUCGUAAAACGUUUGUUGGCUGUCUCACGUACUUUGGAAGCGGUUGAUCAAGUCGCCCUCACAACAGCAUCUCCGUCGGAAUGCGAACUCCGAAAUAAUCAUGCACGCAGAGCUGAAUUAAAUCAGCAAAUGAGAAUGAAUGAAGUAAAUGGACAAGACGUGUCGUAAAUUCGGUUGUAUUUCUAAAGGGUGAGCUAACAACUUUUGUAGAUUUGUCGUUUAUUAGUCCAGUCAAACAGGCAUUCCAGAUUACUGUAAUUCUCAUAGAGCUAAAAAAAUAUAAAGUUCUACUUCGUCAAGGUCAAUAUUUUGGAUGAGUAAAAAAUCAUUAUGGACAAUAUUGUAGAUCACCAAUAUUAAAUACCAGUAUUCGAAAAACGAGGAAUAGUGUUGGGAAUGCGGGUGGUGAGGAGAACCACUUGGUCUCCCGACCUAACAGGCCAUGGAGGAUAUGGAUGCGAAGCCCCAAGCGUCCUUCCUCAGAAGAAGUGAGGGGGCACUUUACACCCACCUCUCCGAAAAGGAUUUUUAAAGUAGCUAUACAAGCAAAUAAAAAAUAAAGAGAAACUGUAUUUGAUUUUUUUUUAAUUUCUGUAAUUUAUUUGCCAUAAUUAUUUAUAGAAGAUAAAAAUCCAAAAAGCCGUUUUUUUAAGACAGGUUUGUUAUGAAAUUUAAAUAUUUUAUUUAAAGCUUUGUACUGAAGUACUACAAAUAUUUGCCCUGUGGGAAUUAUGGUAUAUUGACUAUUAUUUUUCAGUCCACUUUGACUGGACUAUUAGACAAGUCUUGGGAAAAGAUGUAAUAAAAUUUUCGAAUUCGUAAUCACAAAUAAAAUGUUAUUAUAUCAAAUUUUGGGAAUGAUGUACGGCCUAAAAUGAACUCAUACACAACCACAAUCAUUAUUGUUUGGGCCACACCUUCAGUAGGUCACCACACAAGGAUCAAUAGCUGACUUCUCAAGACUUAAAAUCUGUUAUAAAUUGUUUGACAACCCUUGAGUCAUUCAUCCACCGACACUGCCGAUUAGUUUGUAUUAUGAUGUAUUACUCUCUUAUAACUCUUUUCAUAAUCUUUUUACUGACAUAGUAGGUAUAUAGCAAUAUUUUUUUAAAUCUUCUAUCUGAAUCCAUUUUAAUACUUAGUACUAGAUUUUUUACAAACAUGGCCGUAUUUCAUGAAUAUAUUAAAAACAGUUUUUGAUGACAUUUACUGGUUCACAUCCUAUAAUUAUUGACAACAGGGUACAAUCCUAUAAGACCAGUCCCAAACCGUAAUGGUGAUGGAACCUCAAAUAUUACAUUGCAGGGUCCUUGAUGUGAUUAAACUAACUAGCUUAAUCUUGCACUAAUGUCGAAUUGCGACCUUAAUUUAAAUGUCUUUUUCAUUGAUAUUUUGUAUGAAAUACUUCCUAAUGUUAAAAAAUAGCUAUAAGCAUUCUUUUAGGGAUGAAAAAAUCGUGACGUUAAAUUAUAAUGCAUUCCAAACUGCAAAAUUUUGCUUAGUGUAUCCCACUUUACUAACUGGCAUACUUCUUGCUACUUUGGUCUAAUUUGCACUCGGUCGAUGUCCGAUUCGAACUGAUCUGAAUCUAAUACAUAAUUUAUAGACCAAUCCCAAAAGCAAAGAAGUUUGCCAGUAACUACGACGUAAUGUACUUUUUUGAUCUAAUACUAUUACAUCAUUAUGACUGGCGAAGUAGAUCAGGAUCCUGUGAACCUCGAUCCAUAUCUCCAAAUUAAAAUUCUGGUUGUAUUACUUGAGUAUUCGACAUUUUCUUGCAUGUAUGAGGCAUUCCAAAGAAAAGUUCAUUCCAUUCAAGUCUGCAUGUGCAUAAAUAUAUUCUCAUAUGACUAUUCAAUUUUCUACAUUUAUAAUAUUCAAUUUAUAUGUAAGUGAAGUAGUUUCUUGUCCUCGAAUAGGGAUCUUUACUUAAUAAUAACUACAGUAUUCGUAGUAGAUAUCUUUAAGUCAACCUUUAUCAUCUUUCUUAAUUAACAUAUAGUAAUGUAAUGUAGGCGGGUAAGUAUAAUUAUGUAACUGUAAAAGUUCAGAAUUAUAUUUGGCAAUAACCCUUAAAAGGGUCUAUCACCAUACUUCUAGAUAGGUUAUGCCUAUGUAGGUCUUAUUGUAAGUAAAGAUGUGUAACACAUACUUCUAAUGACCUAAUAUAAAUUUUACAUACAACUUGUAUGCAGAAUGUCAUGAUUUUUUUAUGAACUAUGGAUCAACUAGAAAUGUGGUGAUUCUAAAAUUGCAUGUCUUUCGGGAACUUUAAAUGAAUACCAAAUUUAAAUUAUUUUAUUUUAUUAUAUACUUUUACAGCAACAUAAAUAAUAUAUUAUACACUUAGAUAUAAUCUUUAUUAUAAAUCUUCUUAUAUUAUAUAAUAGAUUUAGGACCGAUUUUUCAAUCAUUAGAGAGUAUUUAUAUCAAAGGAAUUAUAAUGACUCAUAUUUUGACAAUUUUUCUAUAGAAAAAGCUAUAUUCCUCUGAUCUGAAGAUUGAAGAAUUGACCUAAAAUAAUAUUCUGACAUUAUAUCUUAUAAUAUUGUAGUGUUCUAGUAUGGUAUGUGACUUAUGAAAUAACUUUUUCAUUUGAUUAAUGAAUAAGGUUGCGAAUUAAAAAAUAAGUCUUUAUCUUCUGAUUAAAACGGCCAUAAAUAAACCGCCUUUAAAUGCACGCACCACAUACCACGCUAGAACGCAAGUAGUACACUAAUGUAUUACAAUUUAUUUCUAUACUAUUUUAAUUGAUUCUCUAAUCAAUAAUUCUCAUUGAAUUGAUGAAUAUUUUCGUCUAUAAAUUAAGAUAAAAAAACGCAAAGUAACGAUCUCAUCGGAUUAUUUAGAAUAAGUAUAUUAUAACAUAAUCAAUCAGGCAAGUGACCUGUCUUAGCUGUAUAAUUUAAACAACUUAUAUCUCAGCCAUCAACUUUGUAAUUUUGGUACUUAUCCCACGUCAUUCCUUCGUAUAAUAAAAAAAUAUGAUCUCAUUAUUAAUAGAUCAUUGUAGAUGUCUCGCGAGUGUAGUUCAUAGAAAAAGUGAACAAAUAUAUGAUUAUGUUCAACAAAGCUGAUGUGGUCGCUGUGAUUGAAUACAUUGUACGGAAAUAGUCAUUACGAAUUUGUAAGCUUUCAUAUCUUAAACUGAGUUUGUGAUGUGAUUCUUUUUCCUUAAUAAACCUUUUCGAAUUAUA